CCAUCCAUCCAUCCAUCCAUCCACCCGUCAAUCCAUCUCCCCCUCCUUCCAUCUGUCCCAUCCUUCCCCCAUCCAUCCCAUCUAUCCACCUAUACCAUCCAUCCCUCCACCCAUCUGUCCAACUGUCUGUCCAGGCACCCAUUCUCCCUCCGUUCUAUCCUUCCACCCAUCCCUCCACCCACCUAUCCAUCUGUCCCCCGCUCUGUCUGUCCGUCCCCCCACCCCGCCGUUCGUGCAGGGCAGUGCCGUUGCGUCGCGGCGCCGUUCGCUCCGCCCGCUGCUCGCCAUGACAACGGGAGGCGGAGCCGAGGGGCCGCCGGGAGCCGGAGUUCGUUGAGUGCGGGCGGGGGGGGUGAGAAACGGGGGCACCCGAGAGGGGGAGGAGCACAGGGGUGGGAGAUCUGUGCGUGCACACAGGGGUCCCAGCAGCCCUGAGGAACCCGAGCAACCCUCCCGGAGCAUCCCUCCCUGACUGCCCAUCCCCGAGCAUCCCUCCCUGAUUGCCCAUCCCCGAGCAUCCCUCCCUGAUUGCCCAUCCCCGAGCAUCCCUCCCCGCAUCCCUGCGGAGCGGUGCCGGUGUGGUGCCGGUGCGGAUCCCCGCAGCCCAACAUGGAGGCGCGGGCGGAGAAGGGUGAGGAGGGCGAGGGCACGCGCAUCACGGCGCAGCUGCUGAAGGCCAGCACCGGGGAGUUCGCGCUGGAGUCCAUCCUGCUGCUGAAGCUGCGCGGCCGCGGCAUCGCCGACCUGGGCUGCCUGGGCGACUGUGCCAACCUGGAGUGGCUCGACCUCUCCGGCAACGCCAUCUCGCAGCUGGGCCCGCUGGCCGGCCUCAAAGCGUUGGCCGUCCUCAACCUCUCGCGCAACCGCAUCUCCAGCCUGGAGCCGCUGGGCUCCUGCGAGAGCCUGCAGAGCCUCAACCUGGCGGGCAACCAGGUGAGCAGCCUGCAGCAGCUGCGCUGCCUGGCCGGCCUGCGGCGCCUGGAGAGCCUGCGGCUGCGCGACGCGCUGGGCCAGCUCACCAACCCCGUGUGCUCCACCGCCGCCUACCGCGCCGCGCUGCCCGAGCUGCUGCCCGGCCUGCGGGACAUCGACGGCGAGCGCGUGUCGGGGCGCGGCAGCGAGCUCUUCCAGCUGUGCCGAGACCUCGACAGCUCGCUGGGCCACGGCCCCGGCCCCGCUCCGCCGCGCGCCGCUCAGCCCUGGGUGCAGGCCGGGUUCUGGGAGCCGCCGCCGCCGCGCCGCAGCUCCAUCGUGGAGGAGGCGUACCGGCAGUUCGGCGAGGCGCUGCGGGAGUGCCGCGAGCUGGGCCGGCGCGCCGACGACACCAUCGCGCAGGCAGAGCGGGCGCUGAGCGGGCGCGCCGACCCCGGCUCCUACGUCUUCUGAGCAUCCCAAAGCCCAGCCAGGCGGCCGCGCCGUGUGCGCCGUUCCGCUCCGUCCCCGUGUGCACAGGGCGGACCCCUGCGGGUCCCCAGCUCGGGGGCUCCAUGGGGACCUUGGACGUGGAGAACGGACUCCUGCCCUCGCAGAAGGGCUGGCAGGUUUUGGAACUGUCCCCAAGCAACCACGCUGCAAAGAGGGGUGGGGACCUGGGGGCUGCAUGCGGGGA